AAAGAAUUCACAUGAACCUUUGUGGGAAAAGUACCUCAGUGUGAAUGCGCCUCAUGGAUUGAUAAUCUCACUCCACAGGUGUGCAACCGUUUUUCGGGCAUGGAGGAAACAACGUCAUACAAAUGGACUGUGGUAAAAACCAAGGCACUUAUUGCUUUAAGAAUGGAAAAGGAUGACCUGUUCUGCAAAAAACGCAAUGCUGCCAAAGAAGCAUGGGAGUCAAUCAUUAAGGAACUGGACCUUGGGCAACAUGUGUCUCACAAACAGGCCUCCAAGAAAUGGGAGAACCUAAAAAAGAAAUACAAGGAACUUAAAAGGCCAAGGACUGGAACAGGGACUGAUCAGGGGGAAGAAACCCCUGCAACAUGGCCCUUCUUCAUGGCCAUGGAUGAGGCCAUAGGUGCAAGGCCUUCAAUUAGUCCUCCUGUCCUUGUUGCCUCAGCCUUGGCAAACCCCACAAUCCUCUUUGAUCAGGAGGCUGCUUCCUGCUCCUCUUCCUUCCCCCCCCAAAUGUGGCUGAUGAUCCAGACCCCUCACCACCCUCAUCACUGUCUGAGGCUGGAACCACCCAGCAGCCCCCCCCCCCCAAAAAAGAAAAGGUGCUAUGGGAGUGCUGGAGUGCCUAGAACGCGAGGCAGAAAAAGAGGAAGAACGCCACAGAGAAAUAAUGCAGCACUCAGAUACAUUUCUAACCCUGUUCGAAAAAAUAUGAUUAAUUUUUUUCCCCCACCAUUGGCCAUUUAUAUGUUGAUUAUUGAUGUUACUUAA